UUUUCUCUCUCGAUUCUCUCCAUCCUAAAGUCCAAUCAAAAAUCCACGUCACUAUGCAUUGACAAGCUCUCGGUGACAGUUCCGACAUCCGAUAAGAAAUACCGCGUGGUGAACGGGGGAAAAAAGCAAAAAAAGAAGAAAAAACCAAAUCUCCGCACAAUUCCCUACACAGGCACUCAAAGGGAGCCGAUAAACCCCCCCUAUGUACUUGGCCAAGCAGCCGUUUCUGGCCACAUGGCUAGCGCAGUUCUUUGUCACACUUGCAUCCUCAUCUGCGCCCUCUCCACCCUGGAAAUCACCAACGUGGUCCGAUGACGGCGAGAGUGCGCAGAAGCCCAUCGACUCGCCUCUGGACGUAGCAAGCGGGCCGGGAAUAGGCUACAUAGCUUUGGGCGACUCGUACGGUGCGGGCAUCGGGACCGAAUAUGAUGGCGACGAGGACAAAUGUCGGCUGGGGAACCAUGCCUACACCAGCCUGAUCUAUCGAGAUCUCGUCAAGGCCUGGGAGGAGGGCGGCGGCGUCGACGGCACGCCCCGGCCCGUGUUUCAGUGGCGCAGCUGCACCGGCGCGACGUCGUCGGAUCUGCUCGGCCAGGGCGGACAGAUAGCCUCCCUCAACGGCUCGCUUCCGGCGUCUUUUGCCACGCUGUCCAUCGGCGGGAACGACUUGGGAUUUUUCGAUGUCAUGAACUCGUGCAUCUUCCGCUUCUACGGCUUCUACUCGGGGACCUGCGCCGCCGCCAUCCGGCGCGCAACGAACCUCCUCGACAGCCCCGCCUUUGAGCUCAGCCUCGAGAUGGCGCUGCUCUCGCUCCUCGACGCGGCGCGCUGGGAGCAGCACCCGCGGUUCGCAAUCGUGGUGACGGGCUACGCGCGCUUCUUUGACGCGCGCACCUCGGCCUGCGACGACCGGUCGCUGGGCGUGUGGCUCGGCGGCCCAAAGCUGUCGGCGAGGCUGCGGGCGCGCCUCAACGGCCUCGUCGAUGACGUCAACGCCCGGCUGCGCAGCACGGUCCGGGCCGUCAACUCGAGGUUUGCGUCGCGCAGGCAGAGGGUGCUGUUUGUGGACUACGACGAGCAGUUUGAGGGCCACCGGUUCUGCGAGCCGGGCGUGUUGGAGCCGGAUUAUCAGCGGGAGGACACCUGGUUCUUCUUGGUGGGUGGGAAGGAUAAUGGGAGUGGUGGGGAGGGGGCCGUGAAGGAGGAGCCGCGGCGGGUUGAGUUGCCCGUCGUCGAUCCGGAUACUUGCCUUGGGCCGGCGCGGGAUUCGGGGGAUUGGGGUGCGUUGGCCGUCUGCUACAUGGCCAUGGCCAAGCAGAGGGAUCCCAGCUUGCGGCUUGCGAGGCCUGUGGUUGAGGAUGGUGACGAUGGUGCUUCUACACAGUACACCUCGAUAUACUAUGCCAAGACUUUCCAUCCGCGGUCACUUGGACAUGAGGCUAUCAGGGAUGCCGUCUACCGCGAGUGGGAAAAGGUAUUUGAUGAGGAUUUGGUGCAUAGCCUGGAGUAAAAUAAAGCAUAGAAUUUGUUGUAGCCUCACACACACAGCUAGCUCAUGGAAGCUGCCAUUUUGACAAAUGGACAUGGCUUUUUCGUGGGCGACCCAGAACAGACAUGACCUGGUUGAUACGUCAUUGC